UCUAAAAAGUUAAACUGAAGAGAAUGACACAUAGUGGGAGGGAUCUUUCUAAAGUCCCUGCACCGAAGGAGUUUCCUGACUUGUUGGGCCUGACUUCCUCAACGUUCUCUGGAGCCAUACAACAGUGAGCUCUGAGACUAUACUAUCAAAGAGGGAAGAAUGGCGCACAGACUGAGUGGAGAGGACAUACCUCUGGAUAAACUGGGCCACUUGGAGGCCCAGACCGCCCCCUCUCGAAACAGCCCCCUGAACCUGAAUCACUACGCCACGAAGAAGAGCGCGGCUCAGAGCAUGCUGGACGUCGCCCUGCUGAUGGCCAACUCGGCUCAGCUGAAGACCGUUCUCUAUGUGGGGCCUCGUUUCCAGUUCUACAUCCCCCUCCUCGUCCUGCUGUCUCUGUCCAUCGCUCUGCAGGUCUUGGUGGGGCUGCUGCUCGUCUUCAUUGUGAAGUGUGAUCUGAACGACGAGAGUAAACACGUCAAGUUGAACCGGAUGAACAACGUAGCGACAGUGCUCGUCUUCUUCACCGUCCUCAUCAACGUCUUCAUCACAGCGCUGGGGCAUGAGGACAAUGCGGGCAGGUCAUCAGGGUCUCCAGUGAUGUCAGAGCCUCCGCUUUCCCUUCUGCCAACUGACCCGAACAUGGCUGUUGGCAUUUAGACCGUCAAAAUAAGAGUCUUUGUUCACGUUUUAUCUCAAAGCCUUGAAAUCUAAAGGCUUAUGGCGGGACUGCAGCCUUUUCCUAACGUCUGUAUUGGCUCCUUGCAGUGUAGGAGAACGAGUCCUGGACUCGGACUCAAGUCUCUAUUCUCUGGACUCGUGACUCGGUUUGGACUCGUACACCUAUGACUUAGACUUAAGGAUUUAAGAAAUUGGGCUUGAGCAUUCAUGAAAUCAGAAGUUAAAGGAAGUUUCCGACAACUUUUAUGUGUAAUAGACAGUGACGGAGUACUUGAGCUACAGGGGCGGUGCCAGGCGUCGUAAACCUUCAAGGCCCAAAUGGGGGGGUGGGCUGCUGCAUAUAGCUGCAUUUAUAGCAGCUACAUGCACUAUUCUUCAAGCCAUUUGAUAAAAUAAUGCCUACAAAUCUGCACAUCAUUUAGGAAAAACAAGAUAGAUGCCAAGGGAAAGAAUGACCCUGUAGAGCCGACAUCCUGUUUUAUAGCUAACUCUUCAUCAUUCUGAAACCAGAACACAACACAUGGUAAGGAUUUUUGACUCCUGGUCUGAUGUUACUAAUUUUGAAUUACAUAACAUAAAUUGGAAUUUGGUAUUAACAGCAUUUACUAGAGUUUACAGAAUUAAUGUCAAUAUUUCCCCAGUAACAGAACCUUUGCUCUGCUGGUUUGACAGAAAAAUAAAUGACAGAAAGUUGAAGUUAUUUUAAAACCCUGUAAGAUUGGCGACUUUUCAGAAAGAAUUUGGGGCUGGAGCCCAAGAAGCCGCCCCCUUGCUUUGCAUUUGUAUUGUAUUUUUGUUUUUUGCCAAAGUAUGUUAAGCUUCUAUGUUGUAAAUAUAACAGAGCUUCUCUUCAAAUGUCAGGAAUUGGGGAAAUUAAGCUUAAGUUUUGUAUCAAAAUGAAUCAAUUCAUAAUUUGACAGUGUUUGUUAAUAUUUAGCUCUCAUUUUCACAUUAUUAACAUUUUUUUUGCAUCUCCACUGUAUUGUUUUAAAGAAAACACUCAAAAGAGCUGGGGACCUUUUUACAUUUAUUUAAAAAAAAAAAAUCAACACAUUUAGACAACUGCCUUUGGUUUUAGACGUGAUAUGAAAGACAGCCUCAGUUCAUAAAUCAGCUGUCAUGUAAUCAACAUGUAAUUGCCACAAAUAACAACAAAUCACAUUGGCUAGAAAACAGCUGCAUAAAAAAAAACAAAAAAAAAACAGAUACACUAAAUAUCUAUGUUUUAGAUGGAAAACAAAGUGCAACA